CCCAUCGCGCCAUGAUCAGUCUGGAAGCUGCCGUUGCAGUGAACGGAUCGUUUUCUUUUUUCCCGUGCGUUUGAGCACUCAAAGUUUCCAAUCAAGAGUUGUGUUUUCUCGUGCGUGUUGUCCCAAACCAGCUAAGGGUCAUCGUCAUUGUUCAAACAGCCAAUACCUACGCUGCAACAAUGGUGCAUCAGAAGCUGAAGCGCCAAAAUUCGGGACUCCCGCGGAUGGAAUCCAUAUCGCGGGUCGGUAGCAUUCCGGUCGUGGAAACCGGACUGAAAACCGCCAACACGGUUUAUCAGAAGAUUAAGGAAAGUAAUGGAUUGUUUAACUGGGGACUCGAGACGGCUGAAGCAAUCACAUACGCCUUCGUGGAUUCACUGCGUCCGGCUGCUAAGCUGAUCGAAGGACCGCUGCAUCGUUUGGAUAAUUUUAUGUGUAAAAGCUUGGACUUUGUCGAACAGAAGGUCCCUUCAAUGUAUCUUCCUCCGGAGAUGGUGAGUACUGUGAUGUACUGGAACACCAAGGAAUACAUGUCGGAUCACCUGGUCAAGCCGGUGCUGAGCCGUGCCAACUCGAUGAAGAACCUCGGUCAUGUAGUGCUAGAGUCCCGAGUGUCGAACUACGCAGCGGAUCGUCUGGAUGGGGCUUUAAAUGUGUGCGAUAAAUAUGUGGAUCGAUACCUCCCUGCGGAGCCAGAACCCGCCGAAGAUCAAACCGAUUCACCUAAUCCUUGCCAGCAGCAAUCGGAUGACUCUCAUAAAACGCACGUUAUCCAAACCAUUCACCGGGGACAACUAAUAUCUCGCAAACUGACACGUCGAUUAACGUUUCGCACCCGUCAGGAAUUGACCGCCCUCAAGAAGCAGAGUACCGAAGCCGUACACGUGGUGUUCUACGCAGCCGAACUGAUUGCCACCAACCCACGGCUGGCCAUGCAGAAGGGCGUCGAACUGUGGCAAUAUCUUAGCGCUGACGAACCGGAAAACCAAGCCCGCCCCCAAACGCUAGAACAACUGGUGGUCCUACUGACGAGAGAAUCCGUCCGUAAGGUUGUACAUCUGAUCAACUUCACCGCUGGAACAGUAACGAAGGUCCCCAAGACGAUUCGUUCGCAAACGCGCGAAUUGCUGCACCACAUGAUGUUUGCCACCGAUCGAUUGAUAAAGGCUGCCCACUUGGAAAACGCUAAGAAAGCAACGAUUACCGAAGCGACUGGACUGAUGCAUCGAAUUCAACACACCUAUGAAGAACUGCAAAAUCAAACCAAUUUGGCUUUGGAACGUUUAGCAGUGUUUCUUUCCGGCCGCCUGGAAGCGGAGAAGAUCACCACCACCGACAAUCCCCGGCGACGGAUCCAAAACCGAGCGCACCAUAAUCCAAUGCAUACUAGCAUCAAUGGCGUUUAUUAGCGUACGAACGGCCGAGUUGCUGAACAGACGGAUCCGCGAGGGCACCCCGCUCGAACCCGUACUCAACGUCGAUGAGCGCCAAUGGACCAAUGGACGUGAAUGAGAUGUUUUUUUAAAAUAAGUUCUGAAGCAUAAAACAUUUGUGGUGUAAUAAUGUUACUACUUGUUGAUAAAUAAUAAAUUUCAUAUGAUGUACAAAACUA